UCUUUAAUUAAAAUUUAAACUGACAAAUGAUCAGUAAUAAAUUCAUGAAUGAAUGAUUACAUAGGACAAACAAAUCUUAGCAGCAUAACAUUUUUUCGACAGAUUCUUGCAGUUUAGGAACAUCGCUAAAAAAGCGAAAAACGCUGAUUCGUCCGUAAAUACAAAACGACUUUCUGAAUCUAAAGAUUUCAAUUCCUGUUUGUUGUGUGAGUUUACACCUGUUCACCUGAUAAUUCACAGCAACAGAGAGGACCUGUAGACUUCUAUUGUACAUUUUAUUAUUUAUUUCAGAGUCAGACAUGUCUGCAGCAGGUCGGUCCACCAGAGUCCUCUGUGGAGGAGAAACCUGAGUCCAGUGGAGAACACAGCCCAUCAGAAAUAAAUCUUCCUGCGGCCGCUGAGCUCAACUCUCAGGUUUUGUUGAAGUGAAACUCGACAUGUUGGAGUCAGGAAGCAGCCGACCAAACCUCCGUCAUCAGAAACUCACCGGGCACUGGAGAAACCACCGAGUCUUCACCUGUGAGUUCAUGUGAGAUGAAGACAAUGAACAGACUGAAGCUGAUGCUGCUGCUCGUUCUCCCCUCAGUCAGUGAACAUGACAGCAGCAGAGUUGUCGGUCGAACAGGUCAGGAUGUCACUCUGCCGUGUAGAUACGAAGUGAAAAAACACGGGCUGCAGUCAGUUUGCUGGAAUCGAGGAGAUUUACCCCUUCAAGAGUGCAACAACCGGCUGAUCGCCACAAGCAAACUGAGAGUGAAAGAAGAAACCAGAGUUUCCAGCAGGUAUCAGCUUCAGGGACGACUGGACGAAGGAGACGUUUCUCUGACCAUACUGAACCUCACAGAGUCGGAUGCUGGACGAUAUGGAUGCAGAGUGAGAGUACGUGGACCGUUCAACGAUCUGAAAUAUCAUAUCGAUCUGAACAUUGAGAAAGCUCCCAUCACAACAACCAUCGCAGGGAGGAGAGGAAGUGACAUCACCACCUGGAAAGGAAGUGACAUCACCACCUGGAAAGGAAGUGACGUCACCACAUGGAGAGGAAAUGAUGUCACACCCACAGAGCCGAUGGUCACUCUGGUUCAGGAGAUGUGGAGCACAGCUGUCCAGCAGCAGCAGGUAAACAGUCUGCAGACGUUUGUUGGAAACACAGUGAGACUGUCCUUCAUCAUCUUCAUCCCUGCUCUGCUGCUGACUGCUGCUUACAGAGUGUGGAGGACCAAUCAGAAACCAGAGACUGACAGGAGGCUGAACCAAUCAGAGGAGGAGGAGGAGGAGGCGGUCACCUGUGUGUAGACGCCUGAGACAGCUGUUUAUUUAGAUUUUCUAAUAAUUUAAAGAAGAACUUAAAUGAAGCUGCGUCUCAGAGUUGAUUUCUCAGACUCAGUGUGGAGAUAAAACUCUCGUCUGAUCCUGUUAAACUCAGAAAAGAAUAAACCAGUUUCACGUUAAACAAACAGAAACAGCAGCUUAUUUCUUUAUGAUCACAGGUUAAAGCUGUUUCCUCCUGUAAACAACCCUCAGGUUUAUUAUGACCCACGUCUUCCUGUUCAGUGACAUCUAGUGGCCAUAGUGAUUAUAAACAUCACGUUACUGUUAGCUAGCUAGGUUGUGAUAUUUGUCCUGUCAAUAUAAAACACAUAAAAACAAAACGUUAACUAGUUAAAAAAAACAUGGUGAAUUAAUUAAUGUAAAACAGAAAAUGUCCAAUCAAAUUAAGUCAGCUGAAGUUUUAAAUGCUCUCUAAGUUACUUAGCAGACACGUUAGGUCGGGGCUUUGAGAAUUACCCAUAAUCCUUUGAGCUACUCCUCCUCAAAGUAGGCAAGAAUUUAUA